CAUAAAGCGAUAAAAAUAUUCACGAGUUUAAUAAUACAUAAUCAUUUAAGAGUUUGAUUUCAAGUAAAAAAAAAAUCACAUUUUUCUCUGUUUUGACUUUUGAGCUGUAGAUAAAAUUACACUUUAUAGUUUGGGGCACCCCUAUCAUCACCCACUGGGCUUCUCUACAGAUCAGCCAAACAUAAGGGGCACAACUACUGAUUUUGCAACUGAAGCCUUCAUGCACACCAACUGUUUGUGAAAAGUCUUGAGAGACUCAUCAUGUAAUUGUUUCUGAAGAUAAAUAUGAGAUCUUCAAGUAGUGUAGGACUUGGUUUGAGUCUUGUGUUUGGGUGUUUGUUGCUAGCUCUUAUAGCUGAGCUUUACUAUCUGUUAUGGUGCAAGAAAAGGGUAUCAAACAGAGAUAUUGAAGAAAGUUACAGCAGUCCAGCAAGAGAGUUUUUAUACUUGUUUUGUUGGAAAAAGCCUUCAUCUUUAACCUCUACAGGGCUAACCACAGACACCCAAGUUCAUGAACCACAAGCACCAUCAUGGCUCAGACCAGUUGGUCGUCAAGAGGUUCAAGACUGUGAUGACAUGACUAUUGAAACUGAAGUUGAACUCUUGAGGCUGCAAAACCUCUCUGGCCCACCAAGGUUUCUCUUCACUAUCAAAGAAGAAACAAAGGAAGACUUGGAAUCUGAAGAUAAGAGUAAAAGAGGGUCAAGAGGAAGAAGUUUGAGUGAUGAUGUGUUUUCAGUUGACACACCUUUUUUCACUCCACUUGCUUCACCACCUUACUUGACUCCACCAAUAACCCCUAGAGAUUCAACACAUAGACCCUUUAGCCCCUUGAGUUAUUCAUCAAGUGAUGCAGAGUUCAACAGGAUUUGGGCUUCACCACCUCCAAAGUUCAAGUUCUUGAGAGACGCUGAAGAUAAACUUCAAAAAAGAAUACUCUCUGAAAGAUUUGGAGUUGAAAAUUCUGUUAAAAAAGGUGAUGAAAAUGGAUCUUUUAUCACACUAAUUGUGUCUAAAGAUAAGGAAAUUGUUCAUCAGUGUCCUUCAAGCUCUUCACAGGUACUCCCUUUAGCAGCUUCUCCCCCUACAUUCAGACCACAUUUUCAUAAGAAUUUCAGUUCACAAUAGAGCUGCAUCAGUGAUAUAAUAUGGGUGUAUGUAUGUAUUAUGUAUAACUUUCUUUUAGAGCUUUAUUAGUAAGAAGUUUUAAUUCAGGGAAAGCCCAUUUUGCCAGUA